GUUACCGCCCGUGCCCGGGCUGAGACGGAUGUAUAAGGGGUGUGUAUCGAUUUUUUCAUGACAAAAUCACGGUAGCGAAGAAAAAAUAAAUUCCACGCUACAAUCGGACCGUGCUAUCAUCCGUCAUGAGUAAGAGAUGCAUAAUGAGUGUUAAAUAGCAUCAUAAAUGCAACCUGUGAUAAAAUCUCCGAAAACCCGGACUAUCGUGAAGGACAAGGAGAGGUCUGCCUGGAAAAGGGAUAGGAUAUAAUAGAGGUUUCUGUGUAAUUAUAAUAUAAAUAUCAGAUGUGUGUGUUGAGUUACAUUUUUGAACAACAGCUUUUAAUGUGAAUCGUAUUUAUGAAUGCUGCCUUACCGUGCCAGUCAAUUGAAAUCAUGGGCAAAUAGUUUUGUGAUAUAAACUAUGGCUACGCCACCGGAAUCUCCCGUGGAGGAGCACGCAUACGAGCUUGAACCGAACCGUGCACCCAAACCAAUACCAGUGGCUCUCGAGGAGUUGUGCAGACAAACCAAGUUCUCCAAACAGGAGAUCAGGGUUAUGUACAGGGGGUUCAAGACGGAAUGUCCGGAAGGGGUAGUCCACGAGGAUUCGUUCAAAGACAUUUACGCCAAAUUCUUCCCACACGGAAACUCAGCGUUGUACGCACAUUAUGUCUUCAAAGCUUUUGAUGUCAACUGCAGUGGAGCGAUCAGCUUUAGAGAACUAUUGGUGACCCUGUCGACUCUGCUGAGAGGGUCGGUGUACGAGAGACUGAGGUGGGCAUUCAGGUUGUACGACGUGGAUGGAGACGGGGCCAUCACCAGGCAAGAACUGGCCGAGGUGGUGGUAGCUGUUCACGAGCUGCUGGGUCGCCGGGCGCCGCCGGGCUCACCCGCAGCCAGGAUCGAUGACGCGAAGGCUAACGAACAGGUGGACCGGGUGUUCAGGAAGCUGGACCUGAACCAGGACGGCGUCAUCACCAUCGAGGAGUUCCUGGAGUCGUGCCUCAAGGAUGACGUCAUCACGCGCUCGCUGCAGAUGUUCGACACGGUGCUAUGACGGCAGAGUGAUGCGGCGCACCAGCGCAACGACAGUGAUCGUUGGAGGGCGGAGUCCGAGCCUGUCUGCCGGUGUCCCCGGCGUGUCCUCGCUCAGCCCCCCGCGGCGCUCCACCGCCUGUGCCGGCAGCUCGCUCCCUGGACCAGCCUCCUCUUCUAGCACGCUUUGUUGGAAAUAUCAAAUUUAACAACCCCUUUGUUAUUUUUAUGACAGCCUGUCAAUGUCAGUUUUGACAGCAGUUUGAAGUUAGAGUCUUUGUGAUAUUAAUCAUAUUUUUUUUUUAAUUCUCUAUUGAUUAGAACGUAAUCGGUUUAUUUUAUUCAUAUAUUUGUAAUACGAUUCACAGAUAAUAAAUAAAAUAAAAGAAGAUUGUAUAUUUAAAAAAAAUUACUGUCUAAAUAUUCCUUCACUUAUAAAUAUAAUAUUAUAUUGUUUGAUUCGUAAAAGAUGAAUAUGUUCCUAAAUAAUAAAUAGGUUUUUAUUUUUUAUUUUUAAAGAAACCGUUUGUAGGAAUCCAUUAGACGUUGGCUGGGCGUCUGAUACAGAUAAAAAAAAAAUACAUUCGAAUAUUAAAAAUCUGUAUAUUUCCAAUGAAGUCGUCACCAAUACAAUGUUCAGGUACGUUCGAGUACAGAAGUAUUAAAAAUAUCUAUUCAUAAAUAGUUACAAUUAGUUAUUAUAUAAAUAUACAUUUUAAAUAUUAUAUAUUAAGAAUUAUUAAUGUCAUUGAAUCAUUAUCUAGUUCCGAUAUAUUUUGUUAUCAUUAUCUAUUGUUUUUAAUAGAAACUAUCACUUCUGUACUUGAUUAAAACCUAAUUAAUUUCUAGGCAUUUAAUUAUACGCUAUAAUAGUAUAGUUCAGAAACUAUGUAGAUAGUUUUUACUAUAGAGCCCAUUGUUUUUACAAGUAGAGUCCUAGAUAUAGUACUUAGAAUAAUCUGUCCUGUUGAGAUGUUACGUUUUGAUAGUUUUAAAAAGAUAAUAGACAAUUUUUGUUUUUUUUAUUAUGACCAUAGACAAACAUUUCUUAUCACUCGCCCCUUCCACAACUGCUAAUGUCAAUUAAUCGAUGACAUUAAAUUGCGGUAGUGUUAAAAAUUUUACCGGUAAUUCGAUAAUCGUAAAAUCAUUAAUCGAUUGGUAUAAUUGAAUUUGUAUGCUGUUUUUCGAUUAAGUACUUUAUAUUUAUAAUUUUAUAAACACCAACAGGGUACCAUCUCCAAGUCGCUACCAAAUAAACUAAAAAAAAGAUAAUAUCUACACGCUAAUAAUUAUAUUUUUCGACAAACGGAUGUAUACGGAUUGGUUUUUUUUUUUAUUUAUUUAUUUAUUUUACCGAUUUUUCUAUGAAACCAAAAAAAUAAUCCCGCCAUAAUUUUAUAAUAACAAAUGAGCUUACCCGAUGUUCACGAAUCGCAUAUUUAAAACCUUAAUUUCUAAGUGAAUUAAAUAUUAAUAAAAAAAUAUAAUUAAUUUUAAAAGCAAUUUUUAAAUCAUAUCAUUAUUAUGUAAAUUAUAUAAACAGCGUUUGAAAAUACAGAGAACGGACAAAAUGGCACACAGACAGAUUAUAUAUGACACAGAUAACAAAUCAAAUUCUUCAUAAAAUAUAAAAAAUAACUAUUUUAAUUUAUUUCUAUUCCUAUAUAGUCACUUUUUAUUUAAUUUUACGUAAUUUAGGCUUUUCCUAGAUAAUAAGUCUACGUUACGUUGAAUGUUGCAUCACAUCUGGCUCACGAGUCUGUAAGGGGACGAUUUAAGACAGAUAAUUAAAUUAUUACAUGUAAUUUGAAUUUCCCUGAUGAAAAAAUAUAUAUAAAGAUAUGUGAAAUUGAACGUUCCUUUACUUAAAAUAAAUGAUUGCUGAGCCAAAUGUGAUGUAACUCACUGAUCUUAUCUUAUGAGACGUACCUUAUUAUCGGCGUUACAAAAACGACUGACGUAGAAUAUAAUAAUAUCAAUCUAUAGAACAGAUUAAAAAUAUAAUUAUUAUAAUUUAUUUCUAUUCUAUAUUUAUAGAUCACGAUGUUUAUAUUAUCCUAUUAUGAGUGAGAAAAGAUUUUAAAUAUGAUUAAGUUAACCCAAAGUUACACACAAACCUUAUAUAUAUACACUGUUGUAAUUUAAAUUUCUUGUUAUUAUCUGUAUUCUAUGUAUUGAAGUGGACUUGACAGAUUAUUUCAUGUAUAUUAUUAGUUUUACUUAUUCCUAGUGAUUGUUUACGAAUUAUAUUCUUUUGAUUCACAAUAUAAAUAUGUAAUGUUAAUUUAAGUCAAUUAAAUAUUUAAUUGAUGGACGGAAAUCGCAACGUCCGUAGCAUUUCGUUAGAUUUGAAUUGUUGUUUUUUUAAAAUCACAUCAAACUUGUUAUAUUUUAAUACUUUUCAUAAAAUGUUCUCUGACAAAAAAUGGUGUGAUAACUGUUUUGACGGACGGGAUUCGGAUCACUCGUUCCAAGCCAUUCACAGAUCAAUUCGUCUCAUCGACGAGUUGAACGAACGAAAUCUUUAUUACCUGAAUGACCGCGAACUGACCCAAUGACUUCCAUUCAAUCAAAACCGAAUGAUCUGAUCCGUAAAUAGAUGGCGCUGUAUGUAAAACUCAUAGCAACACUUUAAGAAACUUCUUAUACAUCAAUAUGUCCGCAUUUUAUAGUUUUAAUUAAUAAAAAAAAUUUCAUUAGGAGUUAUCCGAACAAUGCUUAAAAGUUUUUUAUAGUGAACUUGUUAAGGCUUUUCCAUUUUAUGAAAAGUGAUAUCACCGAGGUUAUUGUGUAUUGUAUUAUUGUAAAUAUUCGUCGCUGUGUCAAUACGUCCACGUUAAAACUGAUAGUAAAACAGUUCUUCAUGUU